AUGUUAUGUCGACAGUUGACCAUUGGCUACGACUGUGAAAAUUAUCAGAUCUACCAUGUGAAUGAAAAAGAUACCUAUUCCAUUACGUGGAAUGGUGGAAGUAUACCCAGUUACUGUUCCAUCGGAUUCGUUGGUCGUGAUAAUGGUUACAUGAACGAGUACAAAGUGUGUAUAACGAAAACAAAAUGGUCACUUCCAAACUGUGGAGCGAAGGUCAAAUACGAGAAAGGGGUCAUGAGCUCGGUUUCAGAGAUAUAUAACUGCUACGUCACCCCCACGAAAUGGUGUGGUGAAUCUGACGAUUACGUGGAUGUUGUCUUUGAGGCUACCUCCAAUUUGGAGCAAGGGUCAGGAGAGAUUGAACUAGAGGUUACAGCCGUUAUGACGUAUAACUAUAACUUGACAAUUGGGGUAGCAGUCGGCGGGUCCAUUGGUGGUCUGUUUUUCCUAGUGCUUGCUAUAGUGCUAAUUUCAAGAGCAAGGGCUCGCCAAUGCCAACGCCGACCUGUUAUUCUCACGUCAGGUUAUGCAGGGUCUCCUCCUUCACAAGGUCUUACGAAUCCUGUCAUGUAUUCAUCAACGAGUGGGACAUAUCCGGAUAAUGCCAAACCGCCUCCCUCCUACGAAAGUGUGAUGAACAGUCAGGCCUACAAUUGCCCACCACCAACAGCACAGACAUAAUGAACUAUGCAGGACAUAUUUCUGUCUAAGGUGAAAAAGGCAUGAAGGACUGUUCAACUGCAUAGUCUGACAGACACCAAAAAGACUGAA